CGAAAAAAAAUCCGAGUCGGGCCAAUAUAAAUACUCGCGUCUGGUGUUUAUGAUCAGUGCAGUUCACUCAAUCGAACAGUCGACACACAUCAUCGCCUGCGUCCAAAAUCUAAACAUUCGUUAGAUUUUUCUACACAUAUUAUAAACAGUCACCCGUCGCGUUUUCAAAAACCAUCAUAUUAUAAUAUACAUCACAUCCAACCAUGUGGAAAGUCUUGUGUUUGCUGACCGUCGCGGCGCUGGUCGGACCCUCUAUCCAGAGGGCACCGGUACUCAUCACGGUCAACCACUCCGAGGGCAAGCCCGGCGAUCUCAGCCAAUCAGCGUUCGCGGAUUACGUCAACUGGUGGCAAAACAUUAUCGGCAUCAUCAACCACACCGAAGAACCCGCCGCCGAGCCGCCCGUAACGCCGAUCGACCAGUCCACGUGCACCCCGUGCACUUGCGGAGCGUUGGGCAAGAAGAACAGAAUCGUCGGCGGCGCCCCCACGUACAUGCACCAAUACCCGUGGAUGGCCAUGCUCACGUACAAGGGCAAAUUCUACUGCGGCGCGACGGUCAUCAAUCACAAAUACGUCAUGACGGCUGCCCAUUGCGUGCACGGAUUCGAAGCGAAAAACAUCGGCGUGCGACUUUUGGAACACGAUCGCAGCAAUACAGAAGAAGCGAAACACAUCGACUUCAAGGUGGUGAGGGUGAUCAAGCACAAGGGGUAUAGCCCGACGUCUUACAACAAUGACAUCGCACUGUUGCGUAUGGAAACCGAUGGAGUGGAAUUCGGACCCAACACCGGUAUUCACCCGGUCUGUCUGCCGACUGAAGGCAAGAGUUUCGCCGGUUACGAGGGCGUCAUCACCGGUUGGGGAGCGAAGAAACAGGGAGGUUCGUCGUCGCAGGUACUGCACGAGGUGUACGUGCCGAUCAUGAGCAACGACGAUUGCAAAAAAACGGAAUACGACGAGAAACGUAUUACAGCCAACAUGAUGUGCGCCGGAUAUCCGGAAGGCAAAAAGGACUCGUGCCAGGGCGACAGCGGCGGCCCGAUGCACAUCGCCAACAACACGGCUUACCACAUAGUCGGAGUGGUAUCCUGGGGAGAAGGAUGCGCCCAGGCCAACCGACCAGGCGUGUACUCCCGAGUAAACAGAUACCUGAACUGGGUGGCCAACCACACGGUGGACGCCUGUCCGUGUACGAACGUUUACACUCCCCCGGAAUAAUUCAUCUCUAACAGCUGCAGCUGCAGUGUCAUCGUUGUGCUGACGUCACUCGACCACCGUACUUGCAGUUCCCCUGCAUACAAUGUCAUCACAAUGGAUUUUAUUUGGAUCUCACAUUACCUAUCGCGACUAGCUGUUGUAAUCGACAUCAUAAUAUCAUUAUUAUAUUAUUUAUUAUUAUUAUAUUUAUUUAUUAUAUAAUUUAUUGCAACACUAUUAUUAUUAUUUAUUUAUUACACUA